AUGGGAAGACUGCAACCCUGGAAGCAGCAGCAGCAGCCGCAGCUGCAGCGGCACAGCACGGGCGGGACGGGGCUUGCCGGCAGCAGCAGCGGCCUGUCGGCGCUCAACCGGGACGGGUUUGGCUACAGGGCGGCGUCGGUGCUGGCGCUGGAGAGGGAGCGGCGCGGCUCCCUGGCGCAGCUGGAGAAGUGGAUGAUGCGCUCGCAGCAGCAGCAGCAGGAGGGAGAGCGCUGGAGCAUGGCGUCCACCCAGACGCUGCCCAGCUCCGUGGCGCCGGCGGGGGGGGCCCCCUACCCGGACGGCUUCACCUCGCUGCCUCGCCGCCACGCCGCCUCCUCCUCCUCCCUGUCGCGCCCCCCCCCCCGCCGGCGCCGCCGGCGGGCCGUACGGAGCCGGCGGGGGGGUGGGGGGCUCGGCCGGCACUUUGUCCGCGCCCCGACGGUUGGCGGUGAGCAACCCGCCGGCGGAGCGGAGUGCCGCGGGGUCGUGCCGGCAACGCCGCGACGAGUUCAGCCACGGAGCGUGGGGCAUGCAGACGCUGGACAGGAGGGCCUUUCCGUCCAUGGUGUACACGUCCACCCCGCCCAGCCUGCAGGGCCUGACUGA